AAACUAGAGUCGUUGGCGUAUCCUGAAUCCGGUCUCCAAUGUGAUGACCACCAAGUCAAUACCCACAUCUUGUCCAAAGAUCCUCUUGUCAUCUACAUUGAACACUUCCUAAGUCCCUUUGAAGCAGACGAGAUUAUUCGCAUAAGUGCUCCUCAUUUCACCCCCUCGACGACCUUCACUGGUGGCACGGAGAAGUUCGAUCCCAGUGUCCGGAAUUCUAGCAAAGCUCAAAUCCCACGGACCAACCUCGUCAAGUGUAUCGAAUCUCGGGCUCGGGAAUUCCAGGGCUGGCCACGAGACACCUUCAUCGAGAGGUUAUGGGCGCAACGGUACGGAACCGGUGGCCAUUAUGUUCACCACUACGACUGGGGACAUGCGGGUGGGCGCCAUUCCGGCCGACGUGAUAGUAGCUUCAUGGUGUACUUGAACGGCGGCUCCGAGGAGGAGCUCCAGGGCGGCGGAACCAAUUUCCCUCGUCUAGAACCCCCGAAGAUGGACGACGCGAACAGUGUGGAGGCGCGGAGGUGGUGCAAGUUCAUUGAAUGUGAGGGGGAGAAGACCGUGGCUGCUUCGAAGGUCGUUGAUGGAGUCACCUUCAAACCGAUCAAAGGCAACGCGGUAUUUUGGCAGAAUUUUCGGAGCGACGGAUCGGGGUAUGAAGAAUCAUUUCAUGCUGGUCUUCCUGUCACCGCUGGGGAGAAGUACGGAUUGAAUAUCUGGAGCUAUCGUCAUCCUGGCCAUAGACCAAAAGUG